AUGAACCUCUGGAUUUGGUCACUUUACUUCCUGCCAGUAUCAAACGCUCUAAAGAUUCUCCCAAAAGUUGACCUGGAGGGAGAACUAGGAGGGUCCAUUACCUUCACGUGCUCACUGCCUGAAAAGUACACGAGGGUCUAUCUGUGCCGGGAGAUGACUGGAUCCAAAGGUUGUAACACCAUAGUGUCCAGUGGGACCUUUGUCAAGAAAGAAUACCAGAACCGAGUCACCAAGAAGGUGUAUCCAGACAAGAAUCUGUUCUUAGUGGAGAUGACAGACUUGGUUGAGAGUGACAGCGGAGAGUAUGCCUGUGGGAUAGGCAUGAACACAGACCGAGGCAAGAACCAGCAAAUCACCCUCAGCAUCAGCGAGUAUUAUCCAUUCUGGGAGGAGGAGCCGGCACCUGAGCCUCCGGGAUGGUUUCACAGACUUCUACACUCAACAACUGUUCCUAUACCCCCUUGGUUCCACAUGCCUGAAGAUGACAGUCCUUCAGCAUUCAUAUCCAAAGUAACCACGCGAUCUCUGAGGACCCAGACUUCUUCAGUCCACUUCCCGCCCCCCGACACCUCAAACACCUACCACCCUCCAAUUUCCAGAACAUCUUCAGUGGCAGCUGAUAAGCCCUCAACACUCGGGCCAACCAUGACAGUCUCAAAGACCUCAUCUCGGGAGGAGCAGGUCAGGCCCCAGCCGGUCAGCUACAACCAUCAAAUUAGGUCCCACAGACAGAGAACCUUCAACCGCGAACCCUCUGGUUCUGAAGAGCACGCAUUUCACAUUCUGAUCCCUUCCAUCCUGGGCCUUAUGCUACUGGCGCUCCUGGGGAUGGUGGUGAAAAGGGCCAUUCAAAGAAGAAAAGUCCUCUCCAGGAGGGUCCGCCGCCUAGCCGUGAGGAUGCGCGCCCUGGAGGCCUCCCAGCGAACUCGGUUGUCGCAGCGGCCCCGAGUGUCUCAGCGGCAGCGCUCCCAAAACAUCUACAGCGCCUGCCCGCUGCGAGCCCGGGUUGCAGAGGCAGCAAGUUCCCAGCAGGAACCUCUCUCAAGCUCAGGAGCACCCGAGCCUUCCGCCCAGUCUCUGCUAUCUGAAGCUCUCUGGUCCCAUUACCCAUCCCUGAAGACAAGCUGUGACUAUGUGAGCUGCUGCCACCAGCCUCCUGCAAAGAUAGAGGAUGCUGAUUCAGAUGACUACAUCAACGUUCCCUCCCUGACUCGCCUUCCCAGCUGUCCUCCAGGGCCCAGACCUUUUUACCAAUGA